AUGACCUCACUUUCUUCUUAUAAUAAUGAAAGUCAAUAUAAUUAUCGACAAGGAAGUAUGAUAUCACUUCCAGAUGAAGAUGAUGAAAAUACUAUGGCAAGUGAUCCAUCAACGACACACCGACAACGACAAGAAUCAUCUUUACUACGACGUUCACCGUCAACAUCUAUAUCAUUAACUGGACAUGUAAAAAUAGAAAAUGUUGAUGCUACACCAUCACCUAAUACAGAUUUCUUAACAUCAUCUAUGUCUAAUAAUGAAGAUACAAUUAUUCGAGAUUGGCCACAUCUCACUGGGGACACAGUUGCAAAUGAUCAACGUUAUCCAACUAUAUCACAAUCUGAUUCAGCUAAUGAUGUUACAACAAGUUUUGGAUUCCAUCAAACACCAGAACAAACAGAAAACAAUUAUGAUUUUAAUCAACAGUCUGCAGAAGAAAUAAGUCACACGAUAGAUUAUGAAACAUUAAUCCGUACAAAACAACUCUAUUUUGAUCCCAAUCCAGAAACAAUACGAAAACCACAAAUGAUUAAUCCUGUAAUAUAUAAACAAAAUAUCAUGAUUAAAUUUUUAAGACCGCCAUCCGUUCCCCAAGGACCCUUAAUUAUUCGUGAGAUUCGCCCACCUCAACCUGCCCCACCACCACCACUUGUUAUCCGUCAACGAGCUCCACCACCUUUAUCACCUCCACCACUUAUUCUUCGUGAAAAACCUCCACGAAUUCCUGUCAUUAUGACAGCACAAGUUCUAACAAAAAAUCUUCCACCACUUCCAGCUCCACCUCGUUCAGUUAUUAUUGAAAAAUUACCUGCAAUACCACCUAAACCACGUGAUAUUAUUAUCGAACGUUGGAUGCCCUACGAAUCCAGUAUGCAAAAACGUAAAAUUGUUGUUGAACGAGCUGAAGAAGUCAAACCAUAUCCACCACCAAAAAAUAUUAUCAUCCAAUAUGAGAGAGUCGAACCACGAAUUAUUCGUCAAUUUCGUCGACUUGGUAUUACUCCUGCAGAUCCUGAAAAUUAUACAGCACGUUUUGGAAAUAGUUUACUUGAUACAAGUGAUCUAUUAGCACAAGUCAAACAACUUGGCAUUUCAGAAGAUCUUUCGCUACCACGUUUAAACGAUAAUGAAUUUUCAGAAAAAUUAACAUCUAAUCAAUUAGAAGAAAAUUUUUCCUACGAAAAUUCAUUAGAUCAAAGUAUUUUUGAAAAAAGAUCUUCACAAGCCAGUAUUUCAGGUACGUAUACACCGAAUAAUGCUAUUUACACUGGUACAGGUAAUAGUCCUUAUUCUCCUACAUUUGAAAAUCUUGUUCAUGGAAAUCCAUUAUCAAUGAAUUUUGAUGAAUUGAAUGAACAUUCAAAUAUCCAAGGACAUAUGGGAGAAGAUUUAUCUACUCAAUUAGCUCAAUAUGGUCUAACGACAGAAUCAAUUCCCUAUUGA